AUGAUUCCAGAAACUGUAGGUAGUUUGAUUGCUCAAAAAUACAAGAGUGCUAAAGAAAAUGAUCAUCUGCACUUUAUCGAGACUGAAUCCAAAGCUAUAAAGGAUGAUGAUUCUGGUAUGAACUUUGUAAUUAGUUACACACCUAGCUUGCUGAAGAAACCUGAGCGUGCUGAUGCCCAGAAGGAUGGUACUGAUCCUUUUGAAAAACCAGAACCAGAAUUGACCAUUUUAGAAGAUUUGAAUGAAGAUGGUCAAUUCAAACUGCUGUUGAAUAAAUUCCCUGUGAUUGCCAACCACACAUUGUUGGUUACAAAAGAAUUCAAGCACCAAAAUACUGCUUUGACACCACCUGAGUUGAUGGUUGCUUACAAGCUUUUGUGUACUCUUGAUAAGACUGAGAGCAAAAGACAUAUGGUAUUCUACAACUCUGGUCCUCAAAGUGGCUCAUCUCAGGACCACAAACAUUUGCAAAUGUUAGCUCUACCAGAAGAUUUUGUCCCAUUCCAAGAUAACCUAUGUGCAGGUAAACCUCAUUUCUUGCCAGACUUCAAGACAGAACCUUUGCAAGAUGAUAAAGUGUCCUUUGCUCACUAUGUUUUGCCAAUGCCAGAAGACAGUGAUUCUGUAGAUGAAGAUUUGAUGGCUAUGUGUUACAUUUCCUUGUUGCAAAGAGCGCUGACUUUCUUCCAAGAUUGGACCAAUGAAAAACCAAACAUGGAAAAGAGUUACAACUUUCUGUUGACAAAGAAAUGGAUAUGUUUGAUCCCACGUUUUCGUACGCAGGCUGAAUCCUUAGAAAUUGGUUUCAAUGCUGUUGGUUAUGCUGGUUUGGUUUUAGUUAAGAAAGAGGAUGUCUUUCAAAAGAUCACCGAGAAACCAGAAUUGAUUAAUGACGUUUUGUUGGAAUGUGGCUUCCCAAACACUGCCGGAACAAAGCCAACAGAGUACCAUUAUUAA